CUUCAUGCGACACCUGGUCGGCCUUUUUUGUUUGUUUAUUCGAGUCUCGAUGAACUUGAAAUGUAGGCGCUGCCAUGAAUUGCGCAUACAAAGAAGAAGCAAACUACUAUCUAGAUCGUUGGAGACAAAUAAGAACAGGCUGGGGUCAUCAUGGGAGAUUGCGGAAGAUUAGGUGACGGACCGAAGAAACCAUUCACUUACACAAGCCAGGUUGCCGCUGCGUCAUUCUGCACAACACCAAUCAGUGCGCUUUCGGUGUCCAUCGAUGUCUUCGAAAACUGGCACGACUUGUGGGACGUACUUUAUUGUGAAUGCGAUCAGGAGCGUGACACGACUGUGGAGGUCUGCAGGCCAAUGCGUCGUUGCGAGUCGCGCGGGUUUGAUGCUCCACUACAAGUUCCGGCCCACGACUAUUCAUUCAAGCACCUUCGCAAUAUCAUUCAAUCAAUGUGUGUCAAUACAUUCAAGAAGUAUUCCCAUGGCUUCGUAGCCACGAGACUCUCAUGCGCAGAGCUGCUGUUGUCGGGGAUCAUGUGGACAGCAUUGAAGAAUCACUCUCAUUUGAGUAUGAUCUCAUCCCGGUCCCUCUCGUCGACAACGUCCAAAUCUUUUACAACGAGCCUCGGUAUGGGUUGCAGUUUAUGGAGAGCAUGAAACGCCGACGCGCGAAGCUGAUCACACAGCGACAAGAACAGCUGGGACUUCAGAAAGCCAUGGAGGCCACUGCCGUGUCCCAAUAAGCGGACCAUGUCCUAGCCAUGUUCUGCUGCUCGAGCAGAAUAUGGCCAUUACCGAGCUACCUUGGAUGCUUGGGUCUCGCUGUGCGUUGCAGCAGCUACCAUGGAUUAUUCUGCAGAUAUCCAAAUGUAUCUAC